AUGAGUAACAACGUUAGGUCGUGCAUCGAGCAUACGACAAGCAGUGUCUUCUCAGAUGAAACCGAGAUUGCCUCUGACAUUGAGGCAGAUCUGCAGGAGCUGCCAGCAGGAGGUGAGGAUUUGGAAACCGAUGCCACCUCUUUCGUUGGUAGCAUCACCAACAGCUUUGCGUCACCGCCGUUUGCUGGUAGUUUCUCUUCUCUUCUUUCUGACUCCUCCGCUGCGCCCCCUCUCUCAGAAGAUGAGGCAUUGAUGCAGUCGUCACAACCUCAGCAUGUCUACCUUCGCUCUGCUUCUCUCAGGAGUGUACACACUCAACUUCUCAAUGCCCAGUUGGGAGAGAAUUGCGGUUCACCUAGCUGCAUUUCCUUGCAAGGUUUUGUUGUGGUCGGUACGAACAACGGUUUCAUCUUUGUUUUUGAUCGCCGUCAGAAGCUGCUGCUCUGCAUCGACACAAGCGCCGCUGAGGUGGGUUUGGGGCAGGGUUCAAUUACCUCGUUGAGUCAGAAUCUCUCGAGCAGUCGACUUCUCAGCGGUUUUGCCAGCGGUCGUAUUGCGAUGUGGCAAUUACCCAAAGGUGCCGGCAACGCAACUUGCGAGUGCAUCGAAAAUGAGGAUAAGGAGGAGGAACAACCUCAGUUGAAGGCUGAGGAGAUCAAGAAAAAGAACCAAGGCGGUGGUGUUUCUCUGCGCAUUAUCGAUGAUGCGCAUUCAGACGGGCAAUCUGUUAUAUUCUGCGCCUUCACGUCGCUACCAACCGUGGCGGUUUCGGUGGAUAGCAGUGGCUCUGUCUACGAGCUGGAUUUUAGACGGGGAAUUAUGGGUCGUAGCACUCUAUCAACUUGCUUCUUCUCGGGCAGCCAUGGAGAAAUCUGCGCAAUUUCUCCCCUGCGUCCCACUCAGACGACUGGCCUACCACAGAACUAUCAUCGUUGGCCGGCUUUUCGUGCUCUUCUCUGUUCCGCCAUGGUUGCUAUGGCUUCUUUUACCAAGGUUAUUGUUAUUGCGCUGAAGCCCAAGUUCAGUGUUAUAUAUUGGCAACACCUCAAGGGUUCGCCCUCUUCUCUACCCUUGCUGGCGUGGUCGUGGUGCAUUCCUAGUACAGCGGAUUACAAGCUGGACGAGAGUAUGGCCUUUUUGGGUUUUGCUCGCGGAUCUACGAUCCAUCUUGCUCGCAUUUCCACACGUCCACUCGAUCCUCAUGCCGAAGUCUCUUCAGGCACUUACGUCUUUACCUUCAGCGGGCGGCAGUUCAUUCACCAAUUCAAUCUCCUCCGGACAAUCUCCCUUGAUCGACGCAUUGUAACCCUUCAUUUCUUCACCCUCGAUCAUCUCGCUAUCCUUGACUCCGAGGAGAUAUUACGAUUGUAUGAUGUAUCGACCGAACGUGAAGUGGAGUCUGUUGAUCUCACGACAGUUGGGAUCUACUACAACUCGGGCGCUUUCAAGGCUCUUGCUGUUGGGGGCACUGUCAGCGAGGCUUUGACCUGUGCUAGUGAACGCGCCUGUGCCAACUCACUCACCUCAGCAGACGGAAGGUUGAUGGUGAUGGGCAAAAACGGUAUUUCAAUGCUCGUACUUAAAUCGUGGAAAGAGCGAGCAAUCAGCCUUUUUAAAGCCGACCGCGUUGGUGAGGCCCUGGCCAGUUGUCGACAGGUGCUACAAGUGGACUCUACACCUGAUUUACGGGAAUCCCUUCUCCAAGUUUUAACCCACAUGCCCCUCACUCAGCCUAAAUGUCAUCUUACGCUUCCAACCACUGCCACUCUUGUCGAGAUUUGCGUUGUAGCAGACCUCAUGGACUUCCUUAAUGCUGGUGUGAUUCCUAUGUAUCGACAGGAUCCGCUAACAUAUCCACUGCUUUUGCAAUGCCUUUGCAACCGUCUUCUCCAAGCCCGACCUAUCUACGAGACACCCGACAAUGGUGGCACUGAAUGCUGUCUUAGGUACAUUUCUCCCGAUAUCAGCAUGGAAUUGCUGACGUGGUGCAUCUGUGGCUCGAACACCUCUCUGUCCAGUGCCUCCCUUGCCGCCUCUGAGUUGGCCUUACAGAGCCUCUCGGAGCGAAAAACCUCAAAACAUCAACAACAACUGCAAAUGCGGGUAAAAAAUUGCCGUUCACUUGCUGAGUCAUGUCUUGUGCGUUUGUCGCCAACCAGUCUCAACAUAGACAAGGUUCUGAAAUUCUGCCUCUCCAAUGGCCUAUACCAAGGCUUUAUGUACGUUUAUACGUACGUGCUGAAGGACCAUGAGGCGGCUUUCCGAUGGCUGACGGAUCUGCUGAUUAAGAAGGCACAGUUACUCGUUGAACGAACAUUCUCUCCAGGUACUCCAUCAUCCCUUCCUGUUCAUUCCAUUGCUUCGUUAGAGUCUUUGGAUAAUCUUGACGCCAGUGAAGCAGUUAAUGCCAUCCUUCUCUUCCUUCGAUCUUGCUUUGUCGGUGAGGAAGUCUUCGGUAUGCCCCUUGACCCACAGUUUUACGCUGAUGUCCCUAACAAGAUUUUCAAUCUCCUCCUCUCCUCACACAUCUCUUCACCAGAGUAUCAGCAUAAAUAUUUCUCACAACACACUACUUCAGCAACCUGUGCCAUGCCUCGUCUCCGUGCCCUCUUGCAUUUCGGUGGCACUGUAGAUCUCCUAAAUAUGCUUACACUGGUUCUACGCGAAAGUCCCUUUUUCUCCAUGCAACAGCUUUCUCUUAAUCUAAGUCGUCAGCGUAGACAGCGCCUAUUUAAUGCCCUCGUGACAUGCCCUUUAGAUGAGGCUGGGGAGAUUUUGUUGCCAGUUGAUUCUGCAGAUAUAAUUCGUCUACUGUGCUUCAUCGGGGAACAGAUUCUCCUUCCGGAAAAUAGUUCCCUCGCUUUUGAAAGCCAGAAGAUAUUUAAGAUGCUGGAAUAUCUCUCCAAGCGUACUGGUUUUUGUGAAUCGAUUAAUUUACCUCUAUCGGAACUCUCCGAUGUCCUCUACCGGCUUCUGUUUUCUGGACGCAUAGACGCCUCGCAGGAUCUGCUAGAGGUGGCAGAAAAUGUUGGCUUGAAUGAUUUCUGCGAGCAGGUCUACCGUAGCCAAGGCAAAGUGGAGGCAGUGCUCUCCUGCCUCCUCACCAGUCUCCAACGCGUAGUCUCUUUUCAACCGGUGCGCGACGAUACGAAACUUCACAACCUUGUUUCUCGGAUUUUUAUCCUUCUCAGUGAUCAGUUUGCUUCGCCCGUGGAGACAGGGAAUAGUUUUGCGCCACUUGUUAAUCGGUUUCUUAAAUUUGUCGAGUACGUGCAUCCCCCUCGCAUCUUUCAGCCCUACACUCGUUUGGAUCCUCUACGUUCCUUAAUCCUCCUGAUGCAAGCAAUCGGUCCCUCAAUGCGACGCAUUUUGUGCGCACUGGACUUUAUUUUCAUGAGUGACGAACCUCUUCCCUGUAAUUUACUUUUUCACUCCGUUUCCUCCCAAAACUCUCAACUACCCUUCGACGCGAAGGUACCUUUAGCUGUUGAUGGGCCUCAUCAUCCUGCUGCAAUCCUUAUUCUCGAACCGUUCUACAAACUGCUGCAUUCUGAUACACCGGAGAUGGAGCGGGAUAAUGUGAUCGCCAAACUGGCGGUGAAUGUAAAUCUUCGCCUGGCACUGGAUGAACUAUUGGCGAAGCCAGAUCCCCUGGUGGCCGAGCUCUACGUACGACUCCUCCUUGCUAAUAAUCAACGUAAAAGGGCCUGCGAGUUCCUUACUCUUAAUGGAGAGUAUCGGGCCUCUGUUCUUCUUGAAUUCCUGGACGAUGAAAUCUACCUCCGAGAGCUUGCUUAUAUAUAUGAGAAGAUUGGAGAAAAGGAAAAAGCAUCGGAUCUCCUAAAGAAGGACUUUCUUGUUUACUGGAACCGUCUUGUUGAUUGCUGCAGCACUGCCCCCACCAUGACGAAUAGUGGCUGGGCUGAUGGCUGCGAACAGGUCCAUUCAUGCGCCGAUGCUUGGUUUGCCUUUACUGCUCGCCAAUGCUCUAGCAAGCGUUCUUCUAUCAACGAGCCACCAUGGUAUGUCAUUAUUGACACCCUCUCGGCUCUUCGAAAGCAGCAGCUACCAGACCAGCUAACAUCAGAACUAAAUUGUAUAUUUCAUAAAAUGUUGGAAUCCUCCAGUCCUUAUGUUCCCAUUCCUGCCCUCAUCAAUCGCGUCCUCCAGAUCUCUGACGCCUCAGUGGCUUCGUUUGGUUCUGCAACGAAUCGUUUUCUGCUUCAAUUAGUGGGUGUAUGGCAGAAGGAAGGGAGUCUUAUGCGGGAUUGCCGUCGCCUCAUGGCAAAUGACAUAAAUGCCCUCGAGCAGCUUCUCGUUAGUGCUCUGAAACGUGGAUUGGGGCUGAGACGAUACAGCUGCUACCUUUGUGGUCUAACAUUCGCUCGAAGAUACAGGCGAUUGCGUUCCUUAGUUACCUGUCGUCUUCAUACCGGUGGAUUCUCUACACUUGAUGCAAGGCAGUCGACGCGACCGGAAAUACUCUUGUUUUGGUGCGGUCACGGCGUCCACGUUGAUUGCUAUGAGAGCUGUCGAGAUCGCCGCAAGGGUCGUCUACCAGAGGAUAGGCAGUUCUUCUGUUUACAGUGCACUAAUCUUCUCGAUCCCUCUACUCCACCGCCCCUUCUUGGUUGUGUUGGUAGCGAGGCAAGUGAGGACUUGGCUGUCCCCAUCACCCUGUCAUCACCCACCUUUUCCUCCUACUUCCUCGACGUGCACGACGAAAUACAAGUUCGUAGGACCCAUCCUAAUCAAGUAAGUAGUCUUCAUGUCGAAUAUGGCAAUGCAGUUCCCGAGUCAAUAAUAGCUCUGAAUGAGUUUGCUGACAGUCGUAGCAACAUUCUAGGAGCAAGUUGGGUAAUUAUGAGCUGUCCGCAAGAUUAA